GAACUCUGAACUCCCACCACCUCUUUUCUCCUUCCUUUCUUUUCUUUUCACUUUUUUCUCAGUCUUUCUCUAAACGAAAAAGGGAGUGUUUGUGCAUCUAGUUAAGAAACCAUAACCUAAAUUUAAUGUUUUUUUAGUAAUUUUUUUAUAUAACUAAUAUAAAAUGACAUUGGUACAACGAACUGUGAUAGUUUUUAUCUUAGUAGGUUACAUUACGUGCCAAUCCUUAAAUGACAUCGACGUCGACGAAGUAAAAAAUGCCAUCGAAAAGGGCAUUGGAGAGAAUCUACCGGCUCUACCGGAUUUAUCCGAAUUCAAUGCAACGAACAUACCGUCAGCCGAAGACGUCGAAAACGUGAUGAGAGAGAAAUGCGAGAAAAACGGCGCGCCGGAUGCUGUCGAUCUUUUGAAAGAGGAACAAGAUCGCACGGUAGAGUGCCUCGAAAGUUACAUCAACAUGACGGAAAUCCAAGAAGAACUAGAAAAAUCCAAAUCCACUGGAUCAAUGGACGAAGUUUUCUCCAAAUAUUGUAACAAAUGGCCCGACAUGCACGGUUGUUUCGACAAUGUCACUUCCAUCGCCAGACAAUGCAUGGAUAAACGCGAAGAAGCCGCCUUGAACAAGACCAUGGAGAUUUUGAACGAACUCCAGACCUUUAUGUGCUUUAAGGGUGGAGAUAGAUUGGCCAUGUUUUGGGCAGAAAAAGGACCGGAUUGUCUGCAAGAAAAAAAGGAUGGCAUCGAGACAUGUUUGAAUAAAACUCUGGGUUCUAGGAUGCCAAAAACUGAUGAACUUUCUGUUGCCAACUUACCAGUACUACUGUUCACCGAGCAAGAUUGCGAUGACUUCGAAACGGUACGCGGCUGCAUAAACGUGGAGUUGGAGAAGUGUAAAAACAGCACGCCGGCCAACAUCAUUGACGCUUUGUUCAAAUUUUUGAAAAAGCACCUGCCUUGCAGCGCCGCUUUGAAACAAGGCAAUUCGGCUGCUUACAGUUCUUCUAUUGGCAUUUUUACUUUGAUCGCUGCUUUUAUGUACGUCAGGCUCUUCUGAACGAUUCAUUUACGGACUUAAAUUGGUUUAAAGGGACUAUUGCGGUUGUACUGGCGUCAUCUAGUGAUUUGGAAAUGUGUAUUUGCUGCAAAAAAACAUCUUAAAGGUUUAAGGGCAGUUUUUUCUUUUCUGUUGUUGUAAUUAUUCUUCUUUAUAUCGUUGCUGAUGGAUGUUAUUUAGUUAUUUUUUCCUCUAUUUUAUAUAAAUUGUGAUUUUUUUAAUUGAACAGAAAUUAU